UAUGUAUGUUCACAGAGAAUUCUGAGCGAAGGGACAAAAUUACCAGCUCCUAAUAAACGAGGAAACGAAAUCGAAAAAGACGUUCCUACACGUAAAAAGGCAAAAAAGAGCGUGGAAAGUGAUCCUCAACCAAUAAACGGAAUGUCUUCCUUUGAGUCUCUUCCUUCUUCUGAUGAGGGUAACAAAGAACGUAGUGAAGAAGACGACAUGGAAAUUAAAUUUGACCUAACGAUUUUUUCAACCGAAUUACAACGUGAACUGACAGUCAAGUGGGAAGUUGGCCACAUCAAUGUGACUGAUCGGUUUCGGCAGUACCAGAAAGAGAUUAUUGAGAAGGCGGGAAUAGUAGGGUUGAAAUACGACAAUAUAUACGAACUCUUAGCUUUAUCGUCGAUUAUCGUCCUUUCCUGGCCAUGUCCGUAUCCCUCCUUGUUUACAAUUCAAGAGUGGAAAGAGGUUACAAAAAAUAAUCCAUAUACUGUCCAAGAAUCCUCACUUUCACCGGAUAUUUUGUCAUCUCUUAAUGAAGCAUCGUUUAACAUUUGUGGAAGGCGAUAUGACAGUGUUAUGAAUAUUGCUCCGUUAAAAUUGUCCGAAGAAGAACAUUGUCUACGUUUCGUCUAUCCAAUUUCUCGCCCAUUUUUCGUCAGUGAGAAAGAAUACGAUCUAGUAUUAAACCGUUCUAAUUCGGGUUCUAAAAAAAGACCGGACCUUUCAUGCAUGGUAAACGGUGUACCGAUCUUGAAUUCGGAAUUUAAACCUUUGGGAA